GACGCGGAACGGACGGCCGUGGUCGCACCACAAGGCGGCUCCUCAUUGGAAGCAGUCGCCGUCGGCGGUAGCUCCCUGUCUCAGAUCGCGCCACGUCGCGCGCGGUGACCUCUGGUGUUUUUUCUGAGGCGCUUCCCCGCCCCAACCCCUCCUUGCCCUUUAAUAACCGCCCAUCCCGCUGCGUUCCGACACCUGGCCGUCCUCCACGCCGCGAUCCCCAUCUAAAGCGAGCGCUGCCCACCAUGUACUAAAAACAAAGCAGGUCUCUCUCUCUCUCUCUCCGACUCGAGCAUCUUUUACACGUUCCUCGGCGAAAUUUAUAAAGAUCUUGCGCUUACUAAUUCUGGAUGGAGGAAUCUUUUGUAGACAUGCUUGUUUAAGACAUUGAUUUUUCGUAGGAUAUGUUCAAUUUUGUGAGAUAUAUAUGUUAAAGAUGCUAUUUUUAAUAAGCUUUGUUAAUUUUUGUGAGAUUUGUUUGUUUAAGAUGUUAAUCGUGGUAAGAUGGGGUGGUAGGAAGUGUGGUCGCUGCUUUACGGUAUGUGUUUGUGAGAGGAUUUGGGGGUUUGGUUGAUGAUUUUGGAUGUUUUUGUUUGUGGAAAAGAACUGAUUUUGUUCGUGUGUUUCGGUUUCGUCUUUCUGGGGAAGAUUGAAGGCGUCGAGAAGGGAAGAAUUUGAGGAACAUGGGAGGAGGAGCGGAUGGGGAGACGCCGCUGGCGCGGCAGGGAUCGAUCUACUCGCUGACGUUCGACGAGUUCCAGAGCACGCUUGGCGGGCUUGGGAAGGAUUUGGGGUCGAUGAACGUGGAUGAGUUGCUCAAGAACAUAUGGAACGCGGAGGAGAGCUACGCGAUCGCGGCGACCCUUGGUGAGGGCGGGGGUGGUGCAGGGGGCGCCCCUGGCCUCCAGCGACAGGGCUCCCUCACGUUGCCCAGGACCCUCAGCCAUAAGACGGUGGACGAGGUGUGGCGGGGCUUUGUCGACGCCUCCUCGUCCGGCCAGGGGCCGGUCGUCGGCGGCAGCUCCUACGUCACGCGGCAGCCUACUCUCGGGGAAAUGACCCUCGAGGAGUUUUUGGUGCGAGCCGGGGUGGCGCGGGAGGAGUUGACACCACCGCCAGUGCCUCCGAGGCCGGCCGACACUAAAAUUAAUACGACCAGUAUGUUUUUUGGCGAUCUACCGACCAUAAGCAGUUCGACUGGGCUCUCUGUUGGAUUCAAUCGGGCGAAUCAAAGUAAUGGAAACGUAGCGAACGCACCAAUCCCUCACAGUUCAGCUGCCAAUUUUGGGAUGACGGUCAGUGCAGCUAGACCUUAUGCAGCUCCGAUGCCCUUGGAAACUGGUGUGGACAUGGGAAACCCACAGGGGAUGCGAGGUGGAGGGCUUGUCAGCUUCGGUGAUGCUGGGAUGGACAACCAAUUGAUGAAGGGGAUGGUUGGGCUGGGCACAGCUGGAGUCGUGAUGGCAAAGGGGUCGCCAGCUACUCAUCUGUCUCCAGAUGUACUCGGGAAAGCCAACGGAGAUCUGUCCUCAGUGUCGCCAGCUCCAUACACGGUUAACAGUGGGAUGAGGGGAAGGAAGCACAGUGGGGCCGUGGAGAAAGUUAUAGAGAGGAGGCAGAAGAGAAUGAUUAAGAACAGGGAGUCUGCUGCUAGAUCGCGUGCCCGGAAGCAGGCUUAUACCAUGGAGCUGGAAGCUGAAGUAGCAAAACUCAAAGAGCAAAACCAGGAAUUGCAGAAAAAACAGGCGGAGAUGUUGGAAAUGCAGAAGAAUCAGGCCUUGCAGAUGAUCAGUCAGCAAAAUGGACCAAAGAAACAGUGCCUGAGGAGGACACAAACGGGUCCAUGGUGAAGGCCGGCCUUGAUAAUGAUGGGUUGCACCGGAACAUCUCUUAUCAUAUCUCAUAGGCAGUUGUGUAUAUGGCACGGAAUUGCAUUGUUUGCUGUAGAAUCCAGUUUCUGUCUUGUAGAAGUAGCUUCUUAUCCAUCUGGGUUUCCACGUCGUGUUCUUUUCUUGUAUGUUCUUGUUGUAGAUGGCUUUUCUCUUACCUAAUGGCUCAUCAUGGACUUUUUCCA